AUGUCAAACACUCCGUUUCCAAUAGUUGCCGGUGACCAUGCGUCAGUACACAAAACCGGAAAAAGAAUCACUUUUAAGCACUAAACCAAAUUACUACUUCUUAACGUGCUAACUGCAAUUUUCCUUAUAACAGCACCUGAUCUAAUUUGAACUCAGAAAGUAACUAAGACUUCGGCCCGACUUUAACAAUGAAAAAAUAAUGAAUUCAGUUUUGGGAGCCGGCUGUCCUUAGUAAAGCACUGACUCACUGGAGACUCGAUGUAACGAAGAGCUAAGACACUUGACAUCUUAAAGGGUCGAUGUGUUCCUCGUUUCGUCCUAUCGAAGUCAUUAUUUUCGAUCAGCAAGUCGUACUGUCUAUUACUGAGACGAAGAAUAUCGUUCAUUUUGCCAGAAAUUAUUUUAUAUGAAGGUUACUUUUAUUUGUAAACAAAUAAAGGUGGCUGUUGUCCCAGUCGGCUGAACAAAGCAGGAACAACUUGUCAUCUAAGGGAAUGAGCGAAAUUGAUUGGGAUCAACCAAGAAAUGAGCGUGUGCGAGCUCUGUAUUUUCGAAUCAUCUUAAAAGGGAGUUGUACGGAAUUCGAAGGGAUGCUUAAACCGCGCUAUUAAGAACUAUAAUGAAUAUCAUUUUUCUUUAGGAUGAGCAAGUUGAUUGGAUUCAUCGUGUUUUUUCUGCUGUUGCUGUUAGACCUAUCGCCAAGUUUGGGGUGGAAAUGCGGUGGAGCGAGGUGUAAAGUAAACGAACAUUCCUCGAUUCCAGUGGACCUUCCAAGGCUUUGUGGCGACAGGAUAAUGGAUUAUUACUCGGCUAUUUGUGGUGAAAAGGUGUGGGCGAAAAGGGGACGCAAUAGAGGUUAGUAGCAUAGAGGGUCCCAAUAGGUUUUUUGGAUACCGGAUUUUCCCUUAUUUAAAAUUCGGGAUUAGGUAUUCACCGUAAUUUUUAGGGAGUUAUUAUAACUCCAAAAAUGGAGUAAAAAUUUUAGGUACAGGAUAACCCCAUUUUUGGGGUUAUUUUAACUCGUAAUUUAACUCCGAAUUUGGGGUCAUUUUUACUCCUGAAAAAGAGUUCUUUUUACUCCCAGUCUGGAGUUGAAAUUACUCCGAAAUGGGGUUACUUGUACUCCUUACAUGGGUUGUUUUUACUCUUUUUGGAGUUAAUUUAACUCUGAAAGUGGAGUAAAAAUUUUAGGUACAGGAUAACUCCUUUUUUGGGGUUAUUUUAACUCCUCAAUAUCUGGGGUCACUUUUACUCCUGAAAAAGAGUUCUUUAAACUCUUUUUUGGAGUUAAAAUAACUCCACGAAAAAUAACUCCACUGUCAGGAGUUAAAUUAGCCCCACUAGAGGAGUUAUUAUAACUCCCUGAAAAUUACAGUGAAGCAUGCGUGGGAGGAGGAAUGCCAAAAAUUGCCCUCGGGAUUACUAGAUUGCACGAAAUUUUGGGUCGGAAUAACGAGAUUAGAGAACCUUAUUGGUGACCCUCAGCAUACACUUUAAACAAACUAAUGCCUAUAUUUUAGUCGAAUUCUACGUUUUAAGGGAGAGAGCAUUCGGUUGAUGAAGGUAAUGUUACACUGGACGAUUUGUAAGGACAUAAGCACAACACUGCGGUUGCAAUGUUUUAACAAUGUUGCAACAAUGUCGAAAUAAUGUCCUAGCGAUGUACGCUGCAGUGCGUUGGGCUAAAAAGCGUCGUUGAGAAUUGUCACGUGUAGGAUCACCUUUAAUAUUCUUUGGAGCUUUUUUUACGAAGGGACUGUUUAGAUUGCAGCCUUCGCCUUCACGAUUCUCUUUAAGGAAACUGCCACCAGAGCUAACCUGAGGACCUCUAAGAGAGAACAUUCACCAAGACUUCAAAUAAGAGUGGCCGUUCAGAUAAAGUGUUCGAGGGUAAUUAUAGUUCUGCCUUGCUUCGUAUCAUGAUUGGCCGAAAAAUUAUCAAAUGACCGUCUGGACUCUCGAUCAACCAGAAUUAAAAACAGAAUUCGUGCGUUUAAAUUUCCCGCGUUUGGGCUUCAUAUAUUUACUUUGAGGCCUGAUUGGCUCAUUUGACAGUCCCUUUCUGUACUUGGAUUCAUGACACUGAACAGAAACCGCUCCAUCUGACACAUUUAAACAACACAGUUAGCAGCAUAAGUACGUUAAGUAUGAUCGUCCGGGUGAACGUACUAGUCCUGAAUAGGACUUUUGUUGACAGUGAGUUGACGUUUCGACAACCUGUGCGGUAGUCAAUUAACUUCAGAGUAAAAGUGAGUUGUAUUACUUCAGUUGAUGUUAUCAAUCUGAAACUCUGAUUAUUGACCUGAUGGGUCAAUUAAGUCGCGAUGUUAUUGAUCGUCUGCCAGUUAAGCCGUGUUGUUAUUGGCUAUGAAAACUCGUAAUAAAUGAUGAUUGGUGCGUUUCUUCAUAGCCAACUAAUUGACCAAUCAGUCAAUAACGUAACCAGAAUUUAUUACCAUCAAACGGACGUGAUGCACUCAUAUAUUGUGACUCUGAACAUGACUGCUACACAGGUUGUUGAAACGUCAGUCACUGUCAGCAAAAGUCGUAUUCAGGACUGCGUUCACCUGGACGAUCAUACAUACUCAAUCUACAUAUGAAAAGGUUGAAACCUUUCACACACUUAGCACCCUUGAGAGAAUCCGAAAAUCGCCCAUGAAACUCAUUAAGACCCUAUUCCUUGUAGGUAAACAAUCUCAUGUAAUAAAAUAAUGUUUUCAACAAAACAUUUGAAAAAUUUGAAUACAAAUAACUCUCUCAAGUUUAAUAUCAAUUCCUCAUUGUAUGGCCGGAGGUAUGUGUCAUAUUACCUCUUGACACCAAAAUCAUUAGAUUUUCCAGGUUUGAACUUUUGUUUCUCCGGCUACUUAGGACAUAAAUUAACGAAACUUUACCAAAAUUAAUAAGCUUCAUUUUUCGUAUUUCUUCCACCAGAUAUAACCACUGACUUAUUCAUUCAAGGGAAGAAAGAAGCUCAAAGCUUUCUCUCAUUUAGAAAGCAAAAGAGAGCCAGAAAGGGCACAGACGUUAUCGAAGAAUGCUGUGUUGAAACUUGUAGAAUAGAGGAACUCAAAGAGUACUGUUUUUAA